AUGAAAUAAUUACUUUUGAUUCUUUGUCUCAUUUCAAUUAUUAUUGUGUUCACAAAAGCAGCUCCAUAACCAAAUUUGAAGGACCUAAAGAAAAAAAGCGAUUAAAUGGCAGCAGAGAAUAAAAACUCUAAAUCUUCAUAAACAAACACUAAAACUUAAAAAAAGGAAAAAUCAACUUUUAAAACUUUGAAGGAAACCCAAUUACAGAUUAUGAAUGUUUUGAAACCGCUUUUUGGAGUAAUCGAAUUUCUAAUAUUUGAUCUUAGUUAAGAACAAAAGAUUAAAAUCGAGAUGAAAAUGGGAAGGUAACCAAUGCGAGUACUACAGAAGACAAUAAACCAUAAAACAAAACUAGUAAAAAAGCAAGCAAAAAUAAAGGGAAUGAGAGAUUCAUUUUUCAAUGGGAUCAAAAGAUGGGUGAUUUUGAACCAGAAUUUAUAUUAAGUUUUGAUUUAGAUCCUGGAAGUAUAGAAGUAUAUCUAAAGUAUUUUGUAGGUGUUUUAUGAGGACAUCUUAAAACCUACAUCUAUAAAAGGAGCCUUUUUUAUACCCUAAUUUAAGGUUGAAGACAAAAUUGAUUUCUUUAUCAAGACAUCAAACAAUACCUUGAUUUAUUCUAAGGAGAAAGUUAAUGAAGCAAUUUUCAAUAUUGAUAUUUUAGAAAAAGGAGAAUACAAGUUUAUUUUCUAAAAUAAAAAGGUAUGAGAAUUUGCAAUAAACUUAGUCAAAAUACACCAAAACUGUUACGUUUACUUUAGAUGUGCAUGAUUCAGAAUAAGAAUUUUUGAAAAUGGCAGAUUUAGAUCCAUUGGCACUUAGAGUUGAAAGAAUAAUAAUGGCUAUGAAGGUAUCUAAAUAAUUCUUAUAAUAAGGAUAAUUAUUUUUUCGAUAAAAUAGCAGGACAACAAUUUGAGGGUAAUUUAGAGGAGAUCCAAAAUUCGAAUUAUAAAUUGUUACUAUUUAGUUUGAUUGAAAUUUUGGGAGUCAUCUUUAUUACUAUUUGGCAGGUGUUUUACUUAAAAAGAAUAGUUGGCAAUCAAAGAAUGUUUUGAGCUUAUUAC